CUCAAAAACAAAACAAAGUGAAGGAACUGCGGCGUGAAUCUCUAUAACAAAUCUAACAUUGAUAUUGGCGAUUUGUGGUCUUCUAUUAGUAUCAGGUUCCCUGGAUGAGAAGAAUAAGUUAUGCGCUCAUCACAUCACUCAAAGUCACACUGUCAUGUCUCGCCCACGUAUACGUAACAGCAUGAUGCGGCUAGCCUAUGAGCAUCAGACUAACACCAAGUUCAACAGGCAAGCGAUCCGACGACAUUAUGACGUAGAUAAAUGGUACAACUGUAACUUGCAGAGCUUUCCUGAAGAGUCAAGAGCUUUGUUCUGUCAGUGCAACAUGGAUGAAGCUACGGAACAAUUCUUGGAUCUAAGCUAUGAGAAAUCUGAUUGGAUAAUCACUCAAGCCUUGCACAGCUUAGUCAAAACCUUCCUGGGGAUCUUAAUGUCGGCUACUUCAAUCAAUGGACUUCUUCAGAGAGGCAGUAUGUUUGUCUUCUCCACUAAGCAGUUCAACUCACUCCUUCAGAUCAAAGAGGACUUCAAGGCUGACCAUCUUCUUGACCUUGGAGCCGGAGAUGGCCGAGUGACGGAGAUGAUGGCCGGUCACUUCAUGAAGGUUUCGGCAACAGAAGUGUCUUAUAUGAUGCAGAGGAGAUUGAGGCAGCGUGGAUACACAGUUCUUGGCAUUGAGGAAUGGGCUGGUCCCAAAUAUGAUGCCAUCAGUUGCUUGAAUCUAUUGGAUAGGUGUGAGAAACCAGCUUCCAUCAUGCACGAUAUCCAUAGGUCACUGGUACCCGGCGGAGUGACUAUUGUGGCGCUCGUUCUUCCAUUCAAACCAUUUGUAGAAACAGGUAGCAAUCAGAAUGACCCAGAAGAAAUUCUUCACAUCCAAGGCAAGACAUGGGAGGAACAGGUCCUGAGCGCUACCAAGGAUUUCUUCUUACCCGCUGGAUUUACUGUACAGACAUUUACCAAGUUGCCUUACCUUUGCGAGGGCGACACAGAGAACCCUUUCUACGUCUUGCAAGAUGUUGUGUUUGUCUUGAAGAGGACUGAGGAUGCAGGGCUGACGAUACCAAGUGUGGAUCCAGACUCUGAAUGCAUAGACAGUGACUGUGUGGUUGAUGUAGUAAGCUAAUUCAUAAUAAUUUCAUGGUUUGGUACUGUGUUGUAAUUUCUUUCCCAGUCGGUUGUGUAUAAAUAAUAGUAAUUAGUGUCCUGGUCAUUGGGCCGAUAACAUUCCUUUAAUGUUUUUCAGCUCCCUGUGGAGU